CACACCGUCACACUCUCUCAGCGACCCUCUCCUCCAGCAGUCAGAGCUGCACCAAGUGAGGUCAUCCCAAGUGAAGGAAGGCGUUGGUCAACAGGUUUCUCUGGUUGGACUUCACUGUCUCCUGGCUGGACUGAAUAUUUGGAGCUCUCGUCCUGUCUGCUUCGUCUUCUGUCUUUCAACACACAAACCACCCCCUCUCCUGCUGCAGUGCUUGGCGGGAGGAAGAGACUGCUGACCCGCCAUGUUUCUCGCACUAGUGGUGACGCCGGAGCUGAGGGACUUCCUGGCCAGGGCGAGAGGUGGAUCGGUGCGCCUCAUCAAGGUGCGCAUCCAAGACGAGCAGCUGGUGCUUGGAGGCUACGAAGAGCCAGUAAAGAGCUGGGACCAGGAUUAUGAUCACUUCCUGCUUCCUCUCCUGGACGACCAGGAGCCCUGCUACAUCCUAUACCGCCUCGACUCCCAGAAUGCACAGGGCUACGAGUGGAUCUUCAUAUCGUGGUCUCCUGAUCAGUCUCCAGUAAAACAAAAGAUGUUGUAUGCCGCCACCCGUGCCACAGUGAAGAAAGAGUUUGGCGGUGGCCAUUUGAAGUAUGAGAUGUUCGGCACAGCAGAGGAGGACGUCUGUUUGAUGGGAUACCACCAUCAUGUGUCAUCCUGCUCUGGUCCUGCCCCGCUCACGUUAGCCGAGCAGGAGCUCCAGAGGAUCAAAAUCUCAGAGGUGAAGACAGAGAUAAGCGUGGAGAGUAAGCACCAGACACUUCAGGGCCUCACUUUCCCACUGCAGGAAACAGCCAAAAGAGCCCUGCAACAACUUGCCCAAAAACGCAUUAACUACAUACAACUGAGGUUGGAUGUAGAGAAGGAGACGAUCGAGCUGGUCCACUCCAACCCGACAGAAACCCGUGAAUUGCCCCGCAGAGUUCCCAGAGACACUCCUAGAUACCACUUCUUCCUUUACAAACACUCCCACGAAGGAGACUACCUGGAAUCUGUCGUGUUCAUAUACUCGAUGCCGGGAUACAGCUGUAGCAUUAAGGAGCGGAUGUUGUAUUCCAGCUGCAAGAGUCGACUACUGGAGGAUGUGGAGAAAGAUUACGAUUUGGAAAUAGCUAAAAAGUUGGAGAUUGAUAACGGAGAUGAACUGACAGACGAGUUUCUGUAUGACGAGGUUCAUCCCAAGCAGCACGCUCACAAACAGGCCUUUGCUAAGCCCCGAGGCCCAGCCGGGGAAAGAGGACACAAGCGCCUCAUUAAAGGGACAGGAGAGAAGAUACAGGACAGCUAGAGGGGGACACGGUCCUCCCACAGUCCAGUCUGCCGUUCCAGCCCUCCGUCUUUCCCCGGACCCACUCACACCUCGUCAGGCCCAGAGGACCGAGCACAGUGAUGGGCGUCCUCUGCUGUUUGUGUCCUGAAACACUUGUGCUGAAUAACUCAUAUGUUUUGGAUGUCAAAUGUGCUGAGAAAUCAUCUGACUCGCCCACAGACAAAUCAAGUAUUACAUGCAAAUAUAUAUAUAUAUAUAUAUAUAUAUAUAUAUAUAUAUAUAAACAUACAAAAGUUUAUUGAUAACUUCCUCCGUUUGAAAAGGAGAAAAAAGAGUCAAGCUGGAAACGUUGGCAGAUGGCCUUGUUAUUGUUAUAUGUGUCUGUGUCUUCCAUGCUUAUAAAAUAGGUCAGCAGUUGACCAUAAAAUGGAUGUGUAAAGAAUUGUACAUGCUUUGUCAGAUGUUUCAGUCCUCGUGUCUGGCCUUCAAUACAAGUUUUGUACCAAUAGCAUUGGUAAGACAAUAUGAAAGGAAAUUCCAAAUAAAUGUUGUUUAUACUGUGGUGUUAUAA